AUGACGACUGCCACCGACACCGUCAUGAACCCCCUCAUUACGGGUCUCGCCACCAAGCAUGUCGUCGUGUUUGGCGGUACUGGCCAGCAAGGCUCGGCCUUUGUCCGUGCGCUGGGUGCAUACAACACCGACCCAGCGGCGCCACACUACACCAUCCACGUGUUGACGCGCUCCAAGGGCCCCGUCAACGUAUCGUCUGUCCCGGGCGUCAAGGCCGUGUACUGCGAAAACUACAUGGACGUCCCGCUCAUGGCGUUCGAGGCGACGGGUGUCCUCAUGGGCCAGAUCCACGGCGUCUUUGACGUGCAGGGCUAUGUCUCUGAGAAGGAGGACGAGGAGCAGGGCAAGAGGAUCGUGGACGCCGCAGCCGAGUGGGGCGUCAAGCACUUCAUCUACGCGUCAGUCUCGCACGACGAGACGGUCACGCUGGGCCAUGACGGCCUCGACACGAAGCGCGCUGUCGAGCGCCACCUCAAAGCCAACGACGCCGGCAUGAAAUGGACCAUGCUCGCAGACACAGACUUUAUGGACAACUGGCUGCCCGACCAGCGCUUCACGCUCAAAGCGUACCGCACCAUUCUGCUGCGCAAGACGUUUCACAAGCGGCCCGACGCCAAGCUCGCCAUGAUCUCCACGCGCGACAUCGGGCGUGCUGGCGCCAAGGCGCUGCACGAGCCCGAGACGUAUGCCAAUACAUCAAUCUACCUCGCUGGCGACGCACUGAGCAUGUCCGAGGUCGUCGAGAUCUACAAGGACGUCAUGGGCGGACCUCCAACCGAGACCUGGGGUCUCGUGGCGACCAUUGGCCUGUGGUCGGACCCGCACGCCAACAAGCUCACAAAGUUUUAUGACGCGAAAGGUUACGAUAUCAACCUGGAGGCCACCAAGAAGGUCCUCCCAGACGUGGAGGACUUCAGGGCUUUCCUUGAACGCUUCAAGCGCGAGCAUGCCAAUAAGGCGUAG